UAAUCACGUUACAACCCGGAAGUAUUGUCUUCUAAUGACGGUUUGAGAAGACGAGGAUGACAAAUUCAUGACCAGGACCUACGAUUAUUAAUAGCGAUGCUCCACAUCUCAUCCCUUCGUCUGUAGUGUUGUAAGGGUGCUAGUGGCGGUCGGUGAUAGCGGCGGCGGUGUCAGAGAGCAGCUACGCCCUGAUGUCCGCCUCUCCGGCCCUCGACAAUUUCUGCACCGUGUUUACAAACCAGCCGAGAAGAAUCUUGCAGCGAAUCGUAAGCUAAGUGUAUUGUGAACCGCACCGAGAAAACAUGGCCGAGUUGCAUGUCGUGGAACCAAGCGGAACCAGCGCCAAAGAGCAAGCGGAGCACCGCGACGGUCGCGGCUCGGUGCGUCUAGCGUCCCCGACGCUGAUGGUUCCUCCGCGGGCAGGCCAGCUCAGCCCCGGCGGCAGCGGUGCACGACCCGUAUUCGGCUUCCCGCUUAGAGGCAGCCCGGGCUCCCCGUCCCCCGAACAAACAGACAAGCCGGGUUCACGCUGGGUUAGACUUAAUGUCGGUGGUACUUACUUCAUCACGACCAAGCAGACGCUAUGCAGGGAUCCGAAAUCCUUCCUGUUCCGACUUUGUCAGGAAGACCCGGACUUGGAUUCGGACAAGGACGAAACAGGAGCCUACUUGAUCGACAGAGACCCCAUGUACUUUGGUCCAAUCCUCAACUAUCUUAGACACGGCAAACUUAUCAUGGAUAAAAACCUGGCUGAGGAAGGUGUUCUGGAGGAGGCAGAGUUCUACAACAUUGCCUCACUGGUAAGGCUGGUGAAGGAGAGGAUACGGGACAAUGAGAACCGGACCUCCCAGGGUCCAGUGAAGCAUGUGUACAGAGUUCUUCAGUGCCAGGAAGAGGAACUCACACAGAUGGUUUCCACCAUGUCAGACGGCUGGAAGUUUGAACAGCUCAUAAGCAUUGGCUCCUCGUAUAACUAUGGGAAUGAGGACCAGGCAGAGUUCUUGUGUGUUGUCUCUCGGGAACUGAACAAUUCCACUAACGGGAUUGUUAUUGAGCCGACGGAGAAGGCCAAGAUCCUUCAAGAGCGGGGAUCAAGGAUGUGAAGGAGGUCCCAACCUUGACCUCUCUCACAGUCGACUUCCUGCCUGGUUCACCAUCCACCUCUCAUCCUCCUGGUUCACCUAUGGUCAGCAUGCGUGAACGGAACAUCAACCAUCACCCCUUUAACUUUGGGCAGUGCAUCAUUUCAAGCAGGUGUACAGAGGAGUUGAUCCUCAUCACGUCUUCUCAGUAGGUAGUCAACAAUUGCAGGACUCGCGUUCAUUCUCAGCAUAGGGAUACAUGGAUCUUAUCAUCUUUGUCAUCAUCUCCUUCAUCGUCAACAUCAUCAUCUUGGGCUCUUAGUAGAUUAUCUCCUCAGGAAUCUCAACGGAAAAACUGAUGUUCUGUUUCCUGUGGUCUGGAUCUGAGGGAUUCUAAAUAACCGGACAGGCAUUCGCUGACCUCAUCAUCAUAUCUGGUUCAACUCUUUCAACCACCAGAUCCAGCCUGUUGGAAAAACCACCGAUUUCCAUUUUGUCUCAACGUCUGGAUUAUUUCACUCCUAAAACAAACACAAGGUGUGUCCAUGUUCCUGGCAUUUGAGGAAGCUAUAUCUGAUUAAAUCUCAUGAACAAGUGAAUGCAUACGGUUCGAGUAUCAAAGUUGUCACAUAUCCACCGCAGAGGAGAUUCAUGCGUGAAUAUCAAAUUUCCCCGGAAGUUCGAGCUUUUCUGUGUCUGUGUGCUUCUCUGCUUCAUGUGCUCCACUGCUGCAUGGUCACAGCAAUCACUUACAGUAGGUACCUUGAGGUUUUUAUUCUCUUCUGUUUUGCUUACUUUUGUACGGAAAAACGAAAGUUGAUUUCUAUUUCAAAGUUGAAAUAUUUGAAAAUGCAGAUUCAUAGUUUUAAAUAUUAAAGUUGACUUUUUUCCAUCUUUUUCAUUGACAUGUUGAAGAGAGGAAAAUAAACAAUGAAGACAUAAAAGAUGUCAACAGUAUUAAUGGUAGUAUGUAAAAUGGAUAUUCAAAAUGCUAUGGUGGCUCAAUAAAAUGGCUCCAUAUUAAGAUAGCAUCUUUUUAAUUGGAAACUGAAACAGAUAAAGUAAGAAGAUAUUGAAUUAAUAUUAAAAAUGUAUAAUACAUUUCUAACAUCUUAGGUCAGUGAGUUUUCUGUUUUCUCCGUUAAAGAUGAAAAAAAAUGACUCCAAUAGUUGUACAAUGUCCUUUGACCUCCCAUUGACUCGACACGUUCAAGUACUUAAGUACAAAUUUUGCCUUUAUUCACUCGGUUAUCCUUAUAUGCAGCACUUGUUGUCUAACUUUAUACACUCUCUUUCAUACAAAGAAUUUGGCCUCUGUAAACGCAAAGCUCAUACGUCACAUUUUUUAAGGAAACUCAUGCCAAUGAUUUGACUGUGGACCAGUGCUGACCAUCAAUGGUUGCUGUGUUCACUGCCUCAAGCCCCAGAGAACUUCUCAUCUCUCUUGUACACAUUUUCCAAACCUUUGUGUUCAAUUUUGUAGCAACUGUCACCUCAAAAAGUAAUUUGACAGGCUUUGUCCCACCGGCUGUCUUUGACGGCAAAACUUUUUUGAGUCUUUUCGGCCAAAUCACAUUCAUAUGUGAGACAACAUGAAUACACUGUCAUCUGUGAGGCAGCAGAGGGGUAAAUUUGAACUGAUUCAUAUUGACAGCAACAAGAAUUCAAGUGAAGUGAUUGAAUAAAAGUAUACAUAUAUUUAAAAAAAAAAGAUGGAAAGCAACAUUGAUUUGUAUUUGUAAAGAAAAAAGUAUAAAUUGCGAGGGAGGCGAAAUAUGAAUGAAUAAACAUAAUUAUAGAAAUGAAUCACUACUAAACUAUUAACAAAUUAGUAUUCAUUUAAACAUAAAUCUUGUGAAUUUGAUGUUAAUCAAGUAGUAUGGAUGCAUUAGUUCUAAGUACUUGCGACCAGCUAUUUCUGAAGAGAUGCAUGAAUGCAGAGCUCUUAUUCACACACAUCUGACAGAGAACAUGGAAGUUCUGUCACUUGGUUCUGAAAUCACAGCUUUUACCCCCCCUUUGUAUAAAGAUGUAAGCAUGAACAAAAAGAACUGCAUUAAAAUGAAAGUGUAUUUUCUCAUACGGCUGCUGAGCUCAGACUGUAAAUUCUUCCUGUUGAGCUCUCCCGUCAGAGCAGUUCUCUUAUCAGCCAGGAUCUGCUAAAGCCUCCAAACCUGUUUAUCACCUGGUUCUCAAGUCCCCGGGUGUCGUUUCCCUCCGUCUGUGUCCAGUGUCGUGCCUUUGACCUGUGUCGUGCACAGUUGUUCCUCUUGUCUUAUCAAAAGUCGCCUCUUAUAACUUGAAAAAAAUAAAAUAAAACGGACAGGAGGGAUGGCAGAAUCUGAAAUUUGGGUUGACUUCCCCUCGCUGAGUUGCAUGCUGAAGACCUCAUUUAUCAAAAUGUGUGUGAUCAACAUUUAAAGCACUUAACUGUAUGUUUGUGGGCCCAGUGUGAUCUGACCUUGCUCUUUCAGCGGUUCCUGACCAAGUCUGGCAUUGGCACACCAUUAAUGACCAGAUGGCUCAUUUGUGAUUCAGUUGUGAUCAGAAAUUGAAUUUUAACUCUGUAUGCGCCUUUAUUUCUUAAGCACUCUGGAAUUUAUUAAUGGAUUUAAAUCCAUUCUAAUUCACUGUUUUAGUCUUUUGUUUCCUAUUGUCCAAAGCUGUCUUCCAAUGUUUUUUUUCCUGCACCAGGACAUCUUCCUUCAUUGGAUUUUUAAUGCAAAUUUAAAGAUUCAUGAGUUAGGUUUGAAUAAGAGAGUUUUCUGUAUAAUGACGCUUCAUUUAUCUCUGUGUAUUAUUACUGAAAAGUAGUCCCAGCUUUCUCUUCCCUAUCAAGUUUCCAACUUUUUUUUUUUUUUAACAUGGGAACCACUGACUCGCCAAGGUCCUAUCUUAUGGUCUCUAAUAACCCAAAACCUUACAGAUGAGUUUGUACUUCCACCUUCACCUCUUAGCCACGAACAUGACGUGCAAGUUUAACAAAUCUGCAAAAACACAUUGUUUGUUGUCCAGGCACGUGAAGAUGAGAGCAUGCAUUGUUCUAGAGAUUAUGAUGUUUACGGGGUUUUGUUUGAGCCCUAUGUUGGUGCAGUGUUUAUAUAUGCAUGGUGAGGCGGCUCUGAAGGUCAGCUUGUUAAUAGGUAUAGUUAGUCACGUGGAAAAGUCUGUCAAGCAUUUUAACUCCCUUUCUCUGUUGGGUUUGUACCUUUGUUAUGUAAGUUUUGCCGAAUGGCAAAGGUUGGUUAUAUAGAUCACCUUGAACUACUCAUGCAAUCGCAGGGCAGAACACAGCUGGGCUCCAUGAAAUAAUGGGGCAAACAUAAUCAAGUACACAAAAAGAGUUUUGAUCCACAAGACAUUUUGCCAGUUACUCUGUAGACACUUGCAUGCGUUUGUGGACAUGCACACUUGUACGCUCAUUUAUUGGAAAAAUGUCACCUAUAAACUUUGUGUUCAUUUAUCAACAGUAUUUGAUGUCAAAUGUGAAUAUUGUAAGUGGAGAUUUGUUCCCAGGUUGACGAAAAUGUUUGCUUUCAUUUUAUAUAUAUAUAUAUAUAUAUAUAUUUUGUCUGAAUCUUUGUUUCACUUUUUUAUUUUAUAUUUUUAAUUUGUCUACAGAUUGUUGUGUGUAAUGAUUUAAACAAAAAAAAAAUCCAGUCUGGUUUCUAAUCAUAAAAUGUGUGUGUGUUUUAAA